UGCCAGCCCGGGCGAGUCCUCCCACGCUGGGUGCCGCAGCCACCACAGGCCGGGCGCGCCCAGUUCCGGUCCCCACCCCUAACGGCGUCGAGGGGACGCGCCCCGAGGGCAGCCUCCCUUCAGGGCCCCCAAACGAAUCCCGACUCCGGCCGUGUGGCGACAGCCACCACCCCCGCCUUCAAACCCCAGUCACCGGCGCUGGCCCUCAACACAAUGGCUCGACAAAAUGGCGGCGAAGCCUUGGCGCCGACCAUAGAGAGGACCACGGCGCUCUUCCGGCGUAGAGAGAGGAAGUGGCGGGGGAGAAGGGCGGCUCUCCAAGUGCCCUUCUAGGAGCACGGCGCGCAGUCUCCAUGGUGCUGGGUCCGUGGAGCUCACGUGACCGGCGAAAGCCGCGGCGGAGGCGAGGGGGAGGAGAAAUGGGCGGGAGGCCUGCGGGAUAGCUGGGGACCCGGCGAAUACCAGGUUGUCAUGGAGUCGUGGGGACCGGCUCGCGCAUGCGCCAGCUGACCCGCCGGGCUGGUCGUGGAGCGGCGACCCUGGCCAUAGCCUUCACACGGGCCUGCAACACACUGCACAGCUCACUUACAGCCUGUGAUGGCCCUCCUGCCCGCUGACUCCUCAUCCUCCAGAUUCCAGCCUCACGGCCCUUUCCUGGUGCUCCAGCCCAUCAGCCUCACUUGUUCACAGCUCCUGUCGAUGCAACCAACAAAGCAAUCCAUAUGCAAACACUGUCUGUGAUCCAGCUUCCAGCCUACUGAAACAUGGAGAGAAAAAUGCCAUCCAGAGAGAGCCCUCGAAGACUCUCUGCCAAGCCAGGCCGAGGCACAGAGACGAAAAGAGUAGCUCGGCCGCUCGGCGUGGUGGCUGCUGACUCAGACAAGGACUCUGGCUUUUCAGAUGGGAGCUCAGAAUGCUUGAGCUCCGCAGAGCAGAUGGAAUCAGAGGACAUGCUGAGUGCUUUGGGCUGGAGCAGGGAGGACAGGCUGAGGCCGAGCUCCAGAGCCACAAGCACUGCCUUCCCUGCGCUGUCCCCUAUGGUGGUCAUGAAGAACGUGCUGGUCAAGCAGGGCAGCAGCUCAUCGCAGCUCCAGUCAUGGACUGUCCAGCCCUCCUUUGAGGUGAUCUCAGCACAGCCGCAGCUCUUUGUCCUUCAUCCACCUGUGCCAUCCCCUGUCAGCCCGUGCCACACUGCUGAGAAGAAGUCAGAUUCCAGAAACUACUUGCCCAUUCUCAAUUCUUACGCCAAAAUAGCCCCCCACCCAGGCAAAAGGAGCCUGUCCCUCGGCUCAGAAGAAAGAGGAGCCAGCGGGAUAGCGAAGAAGAUCUGUGCGGAGAGACUGGGGCCAGGCCUGUCUUCCCAGGAGCCAGCCAAGACUGGCCCUGUGCUAUCCAGUCCUUCCACUCCAGCCCCGCCCAGCUCCAAACUCACUGAAGACUCGGCUCUGCAAGGAGUGCCCUCCCUGGGGGCUGGUGGGAGUCCACAGACUCUGCAGCCUGUGUCCAGCAGUCACGUGGCUAAGGCGCCCAGCCUGACCUUCGCAUCGCCUGCCAGUCCUGUGUGUGCGGCAGACAGCACUCUGCAUGGCUUAGAGAGCAGCUCCCCUCUGUCGCCACUGUCAGCCAGUUACAGUUCACCGCUGUGGGCCGCAGACCUCUGCCGCAGCCCAGACAUCUUUUCCGAGCAGAGGCAGAGCAAGCACAGGCGCUUCCAGAAUACCUUAGUGGUCCUCCACAAGUCUGGUUUGCUCGAAAUCACUUUGAAAACCAAGGAGUUGAUUCGUCAGAACCAAGCAACUCAGGUGGAACUAGACCAGCUGAAAGAGCAAACCCAGAUGUUCAUAGAGGCCGCCAAGAGCAGGGCUCCUCAGGCGUGGGCCAAGUUGCAGGCAUCACUAGCAUCCGGACCCAGUCAUUCAGGCAGUGACCUAGAUGCAUUGUCUGAUCACCCAGACAUAUAGCACAGAGAUGGCUUUUCAGUUAUUUGAGUGGUUCUUUGAACUCUUUUGCUAUUACUACCUACACCUGUUUUCCACAGCCUAUUUAAGAACUUUUCUUUCUAAACUCACUCAUGAAGCCACAUGCCAGUCCCUGGCUACCGCGUGUGGUCACGCACAGGUUAAGUGUGUUUAUGCUCUUCUGAGGACCUCCAAUUGGGAGUGUCUGUGAGUCCCUUUUCCUUAGCCCAUGGGCACUUAGCUGGAUCUUGGGACAAAGGAGAGAUGACUGUGUGGGUCUCUUCCAGCUUCCUACCCACUAUCCAUGAUCCAAGGUACAGUGACAAGGAUGAGUGUACAGAAUGCCACUUGUCAAACCAAGGAGUAGGUGACCUAAGGAUCCCUUGGUGGCCCUCCUUCAAGUAUCUUAGUCACAGAGGAAAAUAAGAGGAUGUACUUGUGUUCUACCAGGCCUCGUGCCAGUUGGGCGAAACCUAAAAUGCUCUGGGCACAGGUUGUGCCUGUGUGCAAGUACUUAAUCACAUGAGGGUUUGUUUCUUACACUUGAAAGUCAAGGGAGAAAGGGCAGAGCCGUCUGACUCACACUGAUCACACCAGAUCUGACACAAGUAGGCACAUCCUUCAGAUUUUUAAAAACAUGGACUGAUUUAGUACCAGCUGGAAUUGUAUUUGAUGAGUUGCUUUUUUGAUUGAAGGGCCAAAGAAGCCAGCAUUUUUGUCACUAGUUAGAAAGUUUAAUUCAUGAUUGAAAUAGCACAACCUAUCUUACAUCUAAAAAGCUUGAGUCAGGACUGCAGGAUGCCACGGUGAGUAGGGGUACUUGUGGCCAUGCCAGAUGGCCUGAAUUUGGUUCCCUGAACUGACACCCUGCAGUUUGUCCAUCACACACACCAGAUGAGUAAAUGAAUAUGGAGUUAAAAACAAGCCACCCUCAUCAUUAACACAGAAGCCUGCGAUGGCCUCAGUGGAUCCUCAGAGUCUGGUGUAAGCUCCCCAGCUAUUUCGUGAGGGAAGGACGGCUGUGCUCAUACAUUUGAAUUAAGUGAAACCCUGAGGUUAGAACAAGGCCACAAAAGACCCUUCCCCAUCACAUCUGAGCCUCACCCAUCCCCUGUGGUGAUGGGGAGCCACUGUGGAAGUCUUGUGUCCCGUUUUGGGUGUGGCAGCAGAGCUGAAGUGUGGUUCCUCUCUGAGGCUGGCCUUAGGACGGAGAAUGUGAGGAGGUUCCAUAUGACACAUUCUUUUCAGCUUCUCUGUUCUGGGAACUAGAUGUCUAAACAGUAAACAAAGGAUUGUAUCCUCUUGUUCAAAAUUUUCAUACUCCUGAAAAAUCUUUGUUUUUCACAAAUUAACCUGGUUUUGUGACCAUCAUCAUCUUUCUGCAGAGAGAGCACUCAUGGGGCUUUACUAGGCCCAGAGUAAAGGGUCACAUUUACUAGGGAGUUGUAAUUCUAACAUGGUUUUAAAAUUGUAAGACUCAGGUUGACUCUACUGUGUUCAUAAAGACAUGAUUUGGAUAUGAUUGGUUGAAAAAUAAUCACCUUGGUGAACUCUCUACUCUGAUCAACACAGAAUUCUUACCUGCUGCUUGCUUUCUGAAAGAGUCUCUGGGCAGACUCAGAUCCUUGGGGUACACUCCCCUAAGUCUGUAUGGUGUCAUGCCACCUCACUCUCACCCCACUAGGAAGCUUCCUUCUGGGCAGAAUGUUUGGCAGGAAAGCUGUGGAGACAGGUGCAUUCAGAGCAGCCUGGGCACCAGCCCCGAGUUUUACCAAGCGUCAGAAGGCUAGAAGCACUUGCUGAGAACCAAAUGUACCCACUGGAAAAAUCCUCGGUGGAGAGCUGUAAGCCUCUUGGACUCUUUCUCUGGGUUUGGGCUUUCAUUUCCCUUCCUGCCUCCAUAAAAGAUGAUGAAAGCCACCAUAGGUCUUCACUGCUGAGUGGCCGGGAGGGUUAGCACCCCCAGUCACUGCUCCUCUGUGAUCUUAGAGCCAGAGUGCAGUGUUCUGUUCCUGGUGGAGCUGGAAGCAGACAGACUCCAGUAGAGAAGCUAGAAGGAGUGGUCCUUUGAGGUCAGAGGCUAGACCAGCACUCGGAGGAAGCCCGGAGUGGACCAGAAAAAUCUGCGUUGGUCGCCCAAAAGCUGUAAUGUAAGUAGCGAUGGCCUCGGUGGUGCAUGCUGAAGUCCUUGUGAGGCAUUGUGCAGGGCUGUUGUUUUCCUAGGGUGAGAAGUCGGCUUUAGCUCAGGCCAACCCAUAGGAGAUCCUUUGUCAGGUUAUAGAAUUAACGUCGUUUGUAGUUUACUACAGUUUUAUUGACUAUAGCAUCGCCUGACUGAUAUGAUUCCUCAGCACACAAGUUACUCUUGCACAUAUACUGAAGUGGCCUUUCAGCCACAAUCUGUUUAGGUAGAGACUAUUUACCAAAUGUGAAUCCUUUUAAGAAAGUGUGAAGUUAUGUAGAAAUUGACUGUGAAAUGUCAGAGGAAAAAAAAUAAAAGUCACUUACUUGAAAA